AUGACGGGAAAUUCUCGUGGAAAAACGAGUGUAUUUGUACAAUAUGUUUAUCUAACAUCGUCACCGUUGUGUGAUUUAAAUUUUAUUGAAUUGAAUCAACAUUGUCCAUAUGGUAUCGAAUUAAAUCAAUAUAAUUUCAACAACUAUUACAAAUAUUGCAAUAUCAGUCCACCAUCACCUACAUUGGAAACAUUCGAUAAUUUUCAUAGUCAAGUUUAUCAAAAAGUAUUCAUUUUAAUUGCUGUUGGUCUAGUAUCAUUUCUGUUGGCUUAUUUACAACACUUAUGUUUUAACAUAUCGGCUAAACGUCAAAUAAACAAUAUACGAAUUAAACUAUUUCAAACAAUAUUGAAUAAACAUAUGUCCUAUUUUGAUACACACAAAACUGGCGAACUGUCGACGUAUUUGUUCGAAUAUGAACAACAUUUGGAUACAGCCAAAAUAGCCAAUAGAAGAAAAGGAUUUGUGUUUGGCUGUUUCUUGGGUAUACUCUAUUUCAGUUUAUAUUUCGCACGUGCAUUAGGACUUUAUUUUGGAAUAAAAAUUACAAAUAAUGUGAGUGAUAUUCUUGUUGUGAUUACGAGUAUUGUUGAUGGUGUUUUUUAUUUUGGAUCAAUCGCACCGUUUACGCAAUCAGUGAUCGAGUCAAUGGAAAAUCAAUGUGAAACAAAGUUUAAUGACGGAUUGACUAAUUUUGGCAAUAGUGACAUAGACUUUGUUAAUGUACAAUUUUCAUAUCCUUCACGACCUACUGUGAAUGUACUACGCAAUUUUAAUAUGACUAUUCGUCAAGGAGAAAAAGUUGCUUUGGUAGGACGCAGUGGUUGUGGAAAAAGUACGUGUAUUCAGUUGCUGCUACGCUUCUAUGAGCCAACAUCGGGAACAAUUAGAAUCGAUGGUUGUCCGAUUACAAAAUACAACAUCAAAUGGCUAAGACAACAAAUCGGCGUUGUUAGUCAGGAACCUAUUCUGUUUGCCACAACAAUCUAUGAGAACAUUCUCUACGGAAGUGACAAUAAAAGUAAAAUAUCAUUAAGCGAAAUUCAAGAAGCAGCAAAAGAAGCAAAUGCACAUAAUUUCAUUAUGAAACUGCCUAAUAAAUACAACACGUUAGUUGGAGAACGUGGAAUACAUUUAUCAGGCGGUGAAAAACAGCGGAUUGUUAUUGCGCGUGCGCUGAUCAAUAAUCCGAAAAUUCUUAUAUUAGAUGAAGCAACGAGUGCUUUAGAUAAUGAAAAUACAUAUCUUGUUCAAGAUGCUUUGGAUCGUGCAUGCAAAGAUCGAACAAUCAUCAUAAUUACACAUCGUCUAACGACAAUACGAAACGCUGAUCGUAUUUACGUUAUCGACAAGGGACAAAUAGUGGAACAAGGUACACAUAAUGAAUUAAUGUCAGAUAAUAGUGGACCAUAUUACAACUUGGUUCAAACACAUAUUAUUGAUGAGAACAAUGAACCUGAACAGGAACAAGAAGAUGAAAGUAAGCAUGACGAACUAGUACAUAAACUCUACUCGCAUAUAUUAAAAACAUGUACCAAUAACAAAAGACAACAACAGAAAAAUAUUCUAUUUUAUUGUGGUAUGUUUGCUGUACUGGCUGUUCUACUACUUGUUUUGAAAAUACUACAAAAUAUAUGCUUUGCUAUAUCCGGUUCAAAUCUGACAAAACGUUUACGAAUCAAAUUAUUUCAGUGUAUGUUACAACAGGAGGUGGCCUGGUUUGACAAAGAAGAAAAUUAUACGGGCGCUCUGUGUCAACGUUUAUCAUCGGAUGCAUUAACAGUCCAAGAUUUAGCAAUUGAGGCAAUUCAGAAUGUCCGAACAGUUGUACAAUUGACAAAAGAAGAUAAUUUUUUGUCAAAGUAUUCGCUGUUGAUACAACAAUCGUACAAGUUACAAGACAUGGGCGGAUCACUAACGGCAAUACAAAGUUGCAUGCAUUUAUUUGAUCGACAACCGUCGAUUAAUAAUUGUUCAACACACGGCAAGACAACUGCAUAUUUCAAUGGUGAUAUCCAGUUUGAUUCUGUUCAAUUUCGUUAUCCUGAACGUCCGCAGGCAAUAAUUCUAGAUAAAUUUCAAUUAAAUAUUGAACACAGGCAACGUAUAGCUCUAGUUGGACCAAGUGGCUGUGGAAAAUCAACAAUUGUACAGCUCAUCGAACGUUUCUACGAUGUCAACAAAGGAAAUUUGCUGUCGGGAGGUGAAAAACAACGGAUUGCCAUUGCUCGUGCACUUCUUCGUAGACCAAAAAUUUUAUUAUUAGACGAAGCAACAAGUGCAAUGGAUAGACAAAAUGAAACGGUUUGCUAUUUUUCGUGCUGUAUUACCGGCACGUGA